CCGCCCCUCAUACGCUUCUGUUUCCGGUGACGGUGUCAAUAAAGUUGCAGCAAUAGCUACUUCACGGCGGACAACAUGGCCGCGUCCAUGGCUGCCUCUCUGCUGCGGGCGUUGCGGCAGGUGGCUCCUUCAACAGUUCCAGGCCAAUUUCGAGGUUAUUACGUAGACUGGAAAAUGCUUCGGGAUGUAAAAAGACGGAAAAUGGCCUAUGAAUAUGCAGAUGACAGGCUUCGGAUCAACUCACUCAGAAAGAAUACCAUCUUGCCAAAAGAUCUGCAGGAAGUAGCUGAUCAAGAAAUUGCUGCCCUUCCACGAGAUAGCUGUCCUGUUAGAAUCAGAAAUCGAUGUGUUAUGACAUCCCGUCCUCGUGGUGUAAAGCGGCGCUGGAGGCUUAGUCGCAUUGUCUUCCGUCACUUAGCCGACCAUGCAGAGCUUUCUGGGGUCCAGAGAGCAAUGUGGUAAAUCAGCUUCAGAAUCAGAGCUUUCAAGAGACUUUUCUAGUAGGUUCCAGAACAGUUGUUUGAUAAUUCUCUGUAUUUACUUUUAAAUUUUAAAUGAAGUUACUUCGAUCUUUCAUUCUGCCAAUGAGUUAUCCUUUUACCUUUGACUUUAUGUAAUACAGAUUCCACUGUUCUCAUGUAUAGUACAAAUAGAAUAAAAAUACUUUCUGUGAAA